GGGGCGCUCGACAUAUCGCUAAAUACACGGCGGCAUUUAACCCAGCGAAGGGAGAAGUUUACUUUCUGCUUGCGGGGAUUUGUCACACGAUUCGGACUAAAGGGAUCAUGUCUUCCGUUAAGGUCGAAUGUGUUAUAAAGGAGAGAAACAGGAUUGCAGAAAGCCCGGUAUGGGAAGAAGGCGACGGCACACUGCUGUUUGUAGAUAUUAUGGGACAGAAGAUCAAGAGAUGGGACCCCGUGACCAAUCGGACACAGAGCUUGGCCACAGAAAACCUGGUGGGCUCAGUGGUGCCCCGGCAGCGUGGUGGGUACGUGGCCGCGGAGGGCACACGCUUCAUCGCUGUCGACUGGGAGAAGCAGUCCAUCACGGCCAUCGCCCAAAUCGACCGGCAGCAAGACAAGAUCCGGUUCAACGACGGCAAAGUGGACCCGGCGGGCCGCUUCUUUGCAGGAACCAUGGCUUUGGGCACAAACCCUGCAGAACUGGAGAGGGGGCAGGGUGCGCUGUAUUCACUGCAGCCCGACCACACCGUGCACAUGCACGUCGACCAGGUCUCCCUCUCCAACGGCCUGGACUGGUCUCCAGACCAAAGCACCUUCUACUACAUCGACAGCCUAUCCUACAGGGUGGAUGCAUUUGACUACAGCGUAGCAACAGGAAGCAUCAGUAACCGGAGGGAGGUGUACCGGCUGGAGAAGGAAGAGGGCUUUCCCGACGGCAUGUGUGUCGACGUGGAGGGCAGGCUGUGGGUGGCGUGUUUCAACGGGGGACGGGUUCUGCGCAUCGACCCCCAGACAGGCGCACGGAUGCAGACUUUGAGACUGCCUGUAGAUAAGAUCACCUCCUGCUGCUUCGGCGGUAAGGAUUUCUGUGACCUGUACGUCACGUCGGCGUCAGAAGGACUGGAUGAUGACGCCCUGGCAGGCCAGCCUGAGGCCGGAUCCGUCUUUAAGAUCACCGGUCUUGGUGCUAAAGGAAUAGCUCCAUAUUCUUUUGAGGGAUAAAUUUAAAAUUUAAAAUUACAUUUACAACAAAAAUAUAAUGCACAAUAGGAUUUAAAACGUAAUUCUCUUGAUUCACAUGGAUGCAGAGGGUCUUUGGCUGAGAGCAGUGCAGAGCUACUGAGCAGAAUGAAAGGGAGCCACACCAGACAGGUAUUGUGAAGGUGUCUGGAAUCACUGGGCAUCUGGUUUACAUACGAAGAGCAGGGUGGAAUAAAACAGCUCAACAGCUGCGUACCUAAAAAACAAAAAAAAGUCGAAAUCUCAGACCUGACUAAUACAGACAUUUUGGGACCAAAUCAGCUAAGAUGGCAGUGAGCCAGUUCCAGAUGGACCAACUCAUCGCUGAUCCGUCCAAUUUCCUGAACAAACUGAACUGUAAGGAAUUAGCUUUGCUCCCAGUGGGUUGCAUUUUUAUGGUGGAACAUAAAAUGGUUUGCUGCCUGUUAAUAACAUUUUGUGGUGUCUGCAAGGGACAGACAAAUAUGUGUUAUCUGAACUUUAUAAAGGAACGGGGAGAUGCCCCAGCAUAUUCGGUCAGGCUCAGUGGAUCCAGGUAUCUACGUAACCUUCCUUAAUUCCUGCCUUGCAAAUAUAAUCAAACAGAUAAAUUAGCUGACUCAGGACCAGCAGCACUGCAGAUAAAAUUAAAAAUUAACUUAACAAAGUUCGUUUAAAUUCCAAGAACAAAUAUUUGCUUCGGUGAUAAAGCUUAAACCGACUGAUAUGUUUCAGUAAACAGAAGACCAUUAAAUCUCUCACAAUAUGACAUGGUUAUUGAAUGCCAUAGUUUAAAACAUAGCCAGAGAAAUUGCAUAGCAUCUAAAUAACAAAACUACUUUUUUAAAUGACAGAAAUGUGUAUUUUAAUCAUUCAAGUGGAACAAGAUAGAAUGUAUUAAAAUAAUUUUGUGAGAACCUAUACUAGAAAUUUACUGUGGUUGCAUCUGGAACAAUGAAAAAUAAAACAACUUACUGUAAUGUG